CAGUCUCUCCCGCCGCCGCCGCCGGACGCGCAGACCUGGGUCGGCUGCACCGACGGCCGCCCGGCCGAGCGCACUGCGGGUCGCUGCGCGCGCUGCGACCCUGGGGCCGGGACAAGGGUAGCCGCGGCGUCCUUGGCGGGCGAGCGUUGCCAGCGCAGGCCAUCUGUCCUCAGCUCCUAGAGUCCCCUGCAGACCACUAUGGCUGGGCUCCUGAAGAGGAAGUUUGACCAGCUGGAAGAGGACUUCUUCAGCCCCUCCUCCUCCUCCUCCUCCUCCUCCUCCUCCUCCUCCUCCUCCUCAGGCAGGUCUUCUCUCUCCUCCUCCCCCGGUUCUUCUGUCUUCCCUGCCUGGAACUCAGAUGAGGAGGGACCAAGUGAUCAGGCACCUCAGCCUGAUCAGGACUCCUGUGGCCUCCAAAGUUUCACUCCCCCGUCCAUCCUGAAGCGGGCUCCGAGGGAACGUCCAGGUCGUGUAACCUUUGAUGGCAUCACUGUCUACUAUUUCCCACGGUGCCAGGGAUUCACCAGUGUGCCCAGCCGAGGUGGUUGUACCUUGGGUAUGGCUUCUCGCCACAGCACCUGCCGCCUUUUCUCUUUAGCUGAGUUUACAGAGGAGCGGGUCAAGGCUCGGCGUGAGAAGCUCCGUCAGCGCUUGAAGGAGGAGAAACUGGAGAUGCUGAGGUGGAAGCUUUCAGUGGCUGGAGUUCCGGAGACAGGGGCAGGCCUACCCCUCACAGUAGAUGCCAUCGAUGACGCCUCUGUAGAGAGUGACUUGGCAGUGGCUGUCGCUGGUGGCCGCUUGGAGGAAGUGAAUUUCCUACAGCCCCAUCCACCUCGGCAGCGGCGGGCCCUGCUUCGUGCUUCGGGUGUUCGAAGGAUCGACCGGGAGGAGAAGCGGGAGCUGCAGGCGCUGCGCCGAUCGCGGGAGGACUGUGGCUGUCACUGUGACGGCGUCUGUGACCCCGAGACCUGCAGUUGCAGCCUGGCCGGCAUCAAGUGCCAGAUGGAUCACACAUCAUUCCCCUGCGGCUGCUGCAGGGAGGGCUGUGAGAACCCCAAUGGCCGUGUGGAAUUCAAUCAGGCAAGAGUUCAGACACAUUUCAUCCAUACGCUCACCCGUCUGCAGAUGGAGCAGGGUGCUGAGAGCCUGGGGGAUCUGGAGUCUCCCGUCCAGGACAGUCCCAGUGAACAAACCCUGGUUUCCCCUUUUCCGCUGGCCACGCCCCCUGUGAGCCAUGAGCUGGGAGAUAACAGCUGCAGCAGCGACAUGACCGAUUCUUCCACAUCCUCGUCCUCCGGCAAUAGCGAGGCUCCGGACCACCUUGCCCAACCCAGCCUGCCAGGUCCCAGCUUCCAGUCUGGCGUGGAUGAAGAUAGCCUGGUGCAGAUUCUGAAUUUCAGUGACUCUGACCUUGGUGUGGAGGAGGAAGAGGAGAAGGAGGAAAGGGGUGUGGGCGACUUGGAUAACCUCAGCUGCUUCCAUCUGGCUGACAUCUUUGGUACUGGUGACCCCAGCAGCCUGGCCAGCUGGACUCACAGCCAGUCUGGCUCUAGCCUUGCAUCAGGCAUCCUAGAUGAGAAUGCCAACCUGGAUGCCAGCUGCUUCCUAAACAGCGGACUUGAAGGGUUGAGAGAAGGCAGUCUCCCUGGCAGUUCUGGAUCCCCUGGGGUGGAGGCCAUGCAGAGUGGCUCUGUGGACCUCAGCUUAUCCUCCUGCGACUCCUUUGAGCUGCUCCAGGCUCUGCCAGAUUAUAGUCUGGGUCCUCACUACACUUCCCGAAGGGUAUCUGGCAGCCUGGACAGCCUUGAGGCCCUCCACCCUUUGCCCAGCUUCUCUCCACCAAGGGAUGCCAGCACUUGCUUCCUGGAGUCUCUCCUGGGCCUGUCAGAGCCGGUUACCAAUGUCCUGGCACCCCUUCUGGAGAGCCAAUUUGAGGACACUGCCUUGGUACCUCUGCUGGAGCCUCUGCCAGUGUGAGGACUGAGGUGCCGUCCCUGCCCCCCAGCCCCGUUGCUGCUUUUUGUGUGAUUUUGGGGUUCCCCAAGGUCUGUGUAUGUAACGGUCUCCCAUGGGCUGGUCCUGGCCACGGGUGCUAAAUGCACCCUCUUAUUUUUACAUUAACACUCUGAAUUUAUUUAUUUUUUUAUUUUUUUAUUCUGUACUAAAGAGAAGGUGGAGAGGGGGACCCCUCUCCCAGUGCCUGGGCUCUUUAUAUCCACGCAGAGGUCUUCCACCCCCCAGUGUGUGCCAGGAGGAGGAAGAGCAGCAGGGCCCUCCUUCUGCCUCACAGACGUUCUUCGGCACUGGAUAGGUAUGCUCCUUGGUCCAAAGGCAGUGACAGGGCUGAAGUCCGGGCUUGUGGCUUCCUGUGAACCAUGGGAGCUAGAUCUUCUGGACUGUGAAGAUGUAAUUUAUUUCUGUAAUUUAUUGGGGGACUGUGGCAUCAGUGGCUGAGCCUCUCUGGCAGGUGGGCAGUGUUGGGGCAGACUCCCUUCGGUGUACCCUGCCUGUCUGGGCUUUGGUGUGGACUGUGUGGGUUUGCGCCUGUGAUCUAUGUCAGCUGCCUGGCUCCUGAGCAAAACCCCUUUUGCCCUUGCCCGGCCACGCUGCGUGCCCUUUGCCCGGUUCCCUUUUCCCGAGACCAUGGGUAUAGCACCCCUCCUGUAGGAUGGGAAGCCAGAGGCCCCAAGAUGGGCAACAGGCCUGCCUCAGGACCUGAAGCACACCCCAUAGUGCACCCCAGAUCACUGUCUCAGGGCUUUCUGGGCACUGAACUCCAUCCUGGCCCACCAUAUGCCCCUAGGCCAGUUGGCAAGGGGUGGCUCUUGAGGGCUUUUAUGCCCUUCAUUAGCUGAUGUUGAAUUUUGUAUGCAUUUUUAUAUUGUCUCUAAGUGUCAGAACUAUAAUUUAUUCAUUUCUUUGUGUGUGCGUGCCAAGAAACACAGGCUCUGGGCCUGCCUCUUUGCCCAGGAGGCCUUGCCAGCCUGUGUGCUUGUGGGAACACAUUGUACCUGAGCUGUCAGGUACCAAUAAAGACGCUCUAUUUUUAA